UUCAAACACUGAAGUCAAUGUCUGCUUCCUUCAGAGGCUAUUAGAGGGAAGUGACUGAUUUCAUUACAAAAUGGCUUCUGGUUCAUCUUUCCAAGAGGAGGAUCUCUCUUGUCCUGUGUGCUGUGACAUCUUCAAGGAUCCCGUUCUCCUGUCGUGUGGCCACUGCUUCUGUAAAACCUGUCUGCAGGAAACCUGGAAACAUAGGGAAUCUCGGGAAUGUCCAGUCUGCAGGAGAAAAUGUUCCAAAGAUUGGUAUCCUCCUAACCUUUCUCUAAAGAGCCUGUGUGAGGCCUUCUCACGGUCACAUAUAGAGAGUCAGAAAUCAACAAGCAAGAUAAGCUCUGUGCUCUGCAGUCUGAAUGGAGAGACACUGGAGCUGGAGGAUAAACAGCCUGUCUGUUUGGUGCGGCAGGAUACAAGACAACAUAACCACAAACCACUAGAUGUACAGGAUCAUAAGGAGGAACUCCAGACGGCCCUGAAGCCUUUACAGGAGAAGCUGGAAGUCUUUAAUAAAGUUAAACUCACCUGGAAUCAAACAGCUUGGCAUAUUAAGAGCCAGGCCCAGGACACAGAGAGGCAGAUUAAAGAAGAGUUUCAGAAACUUCACCAGUUUCUACGAGAGGAGGAGGAGGCCAGUAUAGCGACACUGAGGGAGGAAGAGGAGCAGAAGAGUCAGAUGAUGAAGGAGAAGAUUAAAGAGAUGAACAGACAGAUAUCAUCACUUUCAGAUGCAAUCAGAGCCAUAGAGGAGGAGAUGAGAGCUGAGGCCAUCUCAUUGCCGCUGAACUACAAGGCCACAAUGAAAAGAGCCCAUUUCACACUGCCGGAUCCACAGCUGGUCUCAGGAGCGCUGAUAGAUGUGGCCAAACACCUGGGCAACCUGCAGUUCAGAGUCUGGGAGAAGAUGCAGGGAAUUGUGAAAUACAGUCCUGUGAUUCUGGACCCAAACACUGCUUACCGAUAUUUCAUCCUGUCUGAGGAUCUGACCAGUCUAAGAUUCUGUGCGAGUCAACAGCUUCCUGACAACCCAGAGAGGUUUGAUUACAAUGCAUUGGUCCUGGGCUCUGAGGGCUUUAACUCAGGGACACACAGCUGGGACGUUGAGGUUGGGGACAGUACAGUCUGGUCCGUGGGUGUCAUACAAGAGUCUGCCCAGAGGAAGGGAAACAUGAAGCCUGAAAGGUGGAUUAUGUGUUAUAGUGGAGGUAAAUACGGAGCAAGCCCCCCAUCAGGGCCAGGUAUACCCAUCACAAUGAGACCAAAACCCCAGAGGAUCAGAGUGCUGCUGGACAGGGACAGAGGACAGCUGUCAUUCUCUGACCCUGAUAAUAACACACACCUGCACACAUUCACACACACCUUUACUGAGCAAGUCUUUCCAGCCAUAGGUCAUGUCUCUAAAGUUCACCAUCUGAGAAUCGUACCAGGGAAGAUCUCUAUAAAGAUGGAGUAGACUCACAAAAUCGUCUGUAGCGUCCGAACGGUUCGGCUUAACAAACUAUUAUGACGCCUCUAUGGAAAGAUGAGACUCUCACAAACACGUACAUGUCGGUUGUUUUCCUCACAAGACUCAUCUGAAGGUCCCCCUGUACCAGUUUUUUAAAAAAUGGAUGGAAGUACAAUGCCUUCGGAAGUAUUCAGACCCCUUGACUUCUUCCAUAUUUUGUUACGUUACAGCCUUAUUCUAAAGUCAAUUAAAUAAAUAAAAAUGAUCAUCAAUCUACACACAAUACCCCAUAAUGACAAAGCGAAAACAGGUUUUUAGAAUUUUUGCAAACAUAUUAAAAAUAAAAACUCCCCAAAUACAAGUGUGCCAAGCUUGUAGCGUCAAACCCAAGAAGACUUGAGGCUGUAAUCGCUGCCAAAUCUGCUUCAAAAAAGUACUGA